GCCCGCCCAGUGCCUCUUGUCUGGCUGCUGCCGGGAGCUGACCACCUUCAGGGCUGGAAUCCUGUGCUCCCUCUGUGCCCAGAGCUCGCCAUGUCGGCCAAUGUCUCGAUGAAGCCUCUCUGCCCCAUCCUGGAGCAGAUGAGCCGCCUCCAAAGCCACAGCAACUCCAGCAUCCGCUAUAUUGACUACGCAUCUGUGGUGCUGCACGGGCUGGCCUCGCUGCUGGGCCUCCUGGAGAAUGGACUCAUCCUCUUCGUGGUGGGCUGCCGCAUGCGACAGACUGUGGUCACCACCUGGGUGCUGAACCUGGCGCUCUCCGACCUGCUGGCCUCCGCCUCCCUGCCCUUCUUCACCUAUUUCCUGGCCGUGGGCCACUCCUGGGAGCUGGGCACCACCUUCUGCAAACUGCACUCCUCCAUCUUCUUCCUCAACAUGUUCGCCAGCGGCUUCCUGCUCAGCGCCAUCAGCCUGGACCGCUGCCUGCAGGUGGUGCGGCCCGUGUGGGCGCAGAACCACCGCACUGUGGCCGCGGCCCAUAAGGUCUGCCUGGUGCUCUGGGCCCUGGCCGUGCUCAACACCGUGCCCUACUUCGUGUUCCGGGACACCAUCCCGCGCCUGGACGGGCGCAUCAUGUGCUACUACAACGUGCUGAUCCUAAACCCCGGGCCUGACCGCGACGCCACGUGCAACUCGCGCCAGGCGGCCCUGGCCGUCAGCAAGUUCCUGCUGGCCUUCCUGGUGCCCCUGGCCAUCAUCGCCUCGAGCCACGCGGCCGUGAGCAUACAGCUGCGCCACCGCGGCCGCCGGCGGCCCGGCCGCUUCGUGCGCCUGGUGGCGGCCGUGGUGGCGGCCUUCGCGCUCUGCUGGGGGCCCUACCACGUCUUCAGCCUGCUGGAGGCGCGGGCGCACGGCGACAAGGCGCUGCGGCCGCUCGUGUGGCGCGGGCUGCCCUUCGUCAGCAGCCUGGCCUUCUUCAACAGCGUGGUCAACCCGCUGCUCUACGUGUUCACCUGCCCCGACGUGCUGCACAAGCUGCGGCGCUCGCUGCGCAGCGUGCUGGAGAGCGUGCUGGUGGACGAGAGUGAGCUCGGCGGCCUGGGCAGCAGCAGCCGCCGCCGCCGCACCUCCUCCACCGCCAACUCCGCCUCCUCCGUGCCGCUCGCCGGCCGCGGUUUGUCUCCGGCCCGGUCCGCGCGCCUGCUUGGCUGGCUGCGGGGAAGCCGCGCUACGUCCCCGCAGAGGGGCCAGGCCCGCUCCCAGGACAAGAGGGGCCCCCUGAACCGGGCCUGA